AAAAAACUAAUAAACGAAGUGGUACUACGCUUGAAUCCUCAAAAUUCUUGUAUAUCUAAAAACCCACGUGAAACACUGAAUAAAGAAGAGGAGGCCAUUUUUGGUGGAUUUGACAAUAAUAUCUUGGCUCGUCGUACGGACUACACAGUCGCUGGUAUCUUUCUUCUUCGCCAGUGUUCCUUCCACUAUGUACUAUUCAGUCGCCAUUGACCGACCAAUCCGUACCUCUUCUUUCAGCAAACUUCCCAAACCCGAAUUAGCAACACGACGACGACAACUCUCUCAGCGUUUCUUUAAUCCUCCUGAACAGAAGAACCUUUCUUUAAACGCUUCGUCGUCGGGUCCGCUGCUGAAUUUACGACUUCCACGAGGUUCGUCGUCUGAGUUCCGGUCGCAGCGGGUCAAGGUUUCUUCGGACGAUGCUCAAUUCGCGUCUCCGGAGGAGAAGAAGAAGAAGAAGAAGGACGUCGUGCAGGCGCCCAGCUUCGCGGAGUUCAUCACUUCUGAGAGGGUCAAAGUGGUCGCGAUGGUUGCUUUGUCUCUGGCGCUGUGUAACGCCGAUCGGGUCGUGAUGUCAGUGGCGAUUGUACCGUUGUCGCUUUCUCACGGGUGGAGCCGAUCAUUUUCUGGUAUUGUUCAGUCAUCUUUCCUAUGGGGAUACAUGAUAUCUCCCAUUGCUGGAGGGACACUGGUGGACUAUUUUGGUGGUAAAGUGGUCAUGGCUUGGGGAGUGGCAUUGUGGUCUCUUGCAACUUUUCUGACACCCUGGGCUGCAGAAACUUCUCUAUGGGCUCUUCUGGCUGCUCGAGCUAUGCUUGGUAUUGCAGAAGGAGUGGCUCUUCCUAGCAUGAACAACAUGGUAGCAAGAUGGUUUCCUCAAUCAGAGCGAGCCAGGGCUGUUGGACUUGCAAUGGCUGGAUUUCAGCUAGGAAGUGCAAUAGGACUUACACUUUCACCAAUCCUUAUGUCACAAGGUGGUGUAUUUGGACCCUUUGUGAUUUUUGGUUUAUCUGGAUUUCUUUGGGUCUUGGUUUGGAUAUCUGCAACAUCAAGUACCCCUGACCGACAUAAUCAGAUAUCAAAGUAUGAGCUGGAGUACAUAACGAACAAGACGCAGAAAUCCUCCUCGGUGGAGAACAAAUCUAAGACAACCAAAGUGAUACCUCCUUUCAGGCGCUUGCUUUCUAAGCUGCCUACAUGGUCCCUAAUUGUUGCUAAUUCCAUGCAUAGCUGGGGUUUCUUUGUUAUUCUUUCCUGGAUGCCCAUUUACUUCAACUCUGUAUAUCAUGUUGACCUCAGACAUGCAGCAUGGUUCAGUGCUGUUCCAUGGAGUGUGAUGGCAGUCAUGGGUUACUUAGCUGGUAUAUGGUCUGACAUGUUAAUCCAGAGUGGAACUAGUGUCACUUUGACUCGCAAGAUCAUGCAGUCAAUUGGUUUUAUUGGUCCUGGAAUUGCACUUGUGGGUUUAACUAUGGCAAAAAGUCCAUCAAUUGCAUCUGCUUGGCUUACAUUAGCUGUUGGGCUGAAAUCUUUCAGUCAUUGUGGUUUUCUUGUGAAUCUUCAGGAGAUCGCUCCACAAUACUCUGGUGUUUUGCACGGAUUAUCAAACACUGCUGGAACAUUUGCUGCAAUUUUGGGAACAGUUGGAGCUGGUUUCUUUGUUGAAUUGGUGGGUUCAUUCCAGGGAUUUUUGUUGCUUACAUCACUCUUAUAUUUUAUUUCUGCCAUUUUCUACAACCUCUUUUCAACUGGAGAGAGAGUCAAUUUUGAUGAACCUGGUAUUAGCAUCUUACAUAAUACUUGAAUGAGGGGAAUCUUUUAACUUUUCAAAACAUGAUUGAUUUUAUUCGCUACAUUCUGUGCAUGAGGACUGGGCACUUUUUCGAAUUAGCAUAUGAUCACUUUGUCACUCCAGUGGCUGUACUCUCACUUUGUGACUUCCUAAUGGCUAGUGCGCUGAAUCUUUCUUGACAGUUUCAUGAAUGAGAUGAUAAGACUACUGGCCACAAACCAUCCAGCAAGGAUUGUAAAUGUUGGCUGUAUCCUAAUGGACCAGGCCUAAGUUACUGUACAAGAUGUUUGAGGUUUUUUUUUUUUUUUUUUUUUUUUUUUGGUUUUUGGGUCUAUAGAUAACCUCCUUCUUGUUCUUUGUAUGAAUUCAAAGCCGUGUAUAGCACAUUCUCGGUCCUCAUGCAUCAACGGUUUGUUUUCUGAUGCAUUUGGGACUUUUACAACCAAUUUUUGUAAAUGUAUUACUUGUGUUCAAAGAUGAGUUAUGAAAGAUUUAUGCA